UGUACUAUGUACAGAACAGACGUGUAAACUAGUCCCAGCUUUGACAUAACAGAAUAUUUGUUUCGAAGAGGCCGUGAAUAAAGAACGAAAUGCAGUCCCCGAAGCAUAUGCAUUGGAACUGAUCAGCCAUCCAAAAACCAGUAUGAUGGAGCCAGAAAAUGUAUAUCAUCAAAGGAGUUGUGUCACCAGCAUUGCUGAACUGCUGCAAGUGUCAGAGUUCGAGGAGCAACCAGACAUGCCAGAAAUCAUGGUGGUCAUGAACUAUCAAGGCAUGACCCAACUUCCUGAAGAAAUCACUGCAUUGGAAGUCUCGGAAUGUGUACGGUGGUUAUACGUAAAGAGAAACAAAAUUACUUCAUUGCCAAUAAAUAUGUGCAACCUAAAGAAUCUCAUAGAAUUGUACCUUGAUUCUAAUCACCUUGGAACUUUUCCUGAUGUUGUGGUGAACCUGCCAUGUCUACAGUCUUUGGACAUCAGUUCCAAUCACGUAUUGACACUCCCGCCUUGUAUUGGCCAACUGACAUCGCUAACAAAACUCCGCAUUUGUAACAACCAGCUUCAGACCAUUCCACCAGAAAUAGGUCAACUUAUUAACCUUGAGGUGCUAGCUCUAACAAACAAUAAUCUACAGUAUAUACCAGCCGAGAUUAACCGAUGUUCCAACUUAAAGCAUUUACUCCUGGACAAGAAUCAUCUGGCGUGGAUUCCCAGGCAGCUCGUCCAGCUUAAAGUGUUGGAAGAACUCUCUGUGGCAGGGAAUAUACUGCUGUGCAUUCCUUUAGAUGUUGGUUACAUGCCGUCUCUCAAGAGUGUUUAUGUUGACAAUAACCCCUAUCUCCACACUGUGCCAGUCAGUAUCAUGACGAAACAGCUAGGAUUUAACAGCUGUGGUCUUCAGAAUCCCUCUGAUGCAGAUCUUGCCCAUGUCCUCCACAUCACUGUCAAGGAGGAAAUGAGUGAUAAAGUAAUCUGCCUUCCAAAAGAACUGAGAAAACUUGGCAACAGUAACAACCAGUCAAUGGCCACGUUGAUGGAACUCUCACUUAGAACAGUGUUUAAAUAUCACAGAUCAAGACUACAACCAACAGACCUUCCUCGUGAGCUUUCCAGCCUGAUAGAUGCCCCUGUAGCUUCGUGUAUCAGUUGUAGUACUCCCAUUUUCAGUAUGGCUUUUCCAGUCAUUUUCGAGGGCCAACUCAAAGUGUAUAAACUGUACAGACUUGCCGUGUGCUGCUCGAUGAACUGUGUCAAGCUGGCAACAAUGCGUGUGAAAUUACCACUGGUUUAUCCAGAUGCUUCAGAUCUGUUUAUGGGAAUUGUACCAUUGGGAUGAUAAUCAAGAUGCAGUCUCUAAAUCGUUUUGUUGGCCAUCAGUUUUGUCCUCAUUGAUAACUAGUGUUUAGCGUUGGCAGCUAGGUGUUUAAUUGAAUGAAGUGGGUAUAGGUCAACACAUAUAAAUAUGUGCUUGUCUACUUAUACUGUGGUAAUAUGCCCUUGGGAUCGCCUACCAAUGGAGAUGGUAGCGUGGAGAAUGUGAAACAGAUUUGAAGUAUCUCUACUGCUAGUCUUUUGACAUGAUUUUUAUGUGGAAUUUUUUGAAUUAAUUUGAAAGCAAGGGUGUUUAAUGAUGUUCCAAAGAUACUUGACACUAAUUAGAGUUGAUCAAAAAGGGACAUUGUUGACUUAUUCAUGUUGUAAAUGUAUGUAAAUAAAUACGUUUUAUGAAGAA